UUAUGUCAUUUUUCCUCAAUUACAAUUUCUUUCUUGGUGUGUUCAGGUUAUUUUUCAAAAAUUGUCAAAUAAUACUUGCUUGGUCAAGGUUAUAAUUAAUGGUUUUAUCCACAAUAUGUUGUUAUUAAAAACUUUAUGUGAUUCACUUGUCUAAAGCUGGCAAAGGUAAAGAAAAAUAUCGGGAAGUAAAGUGCGAAAGUUUUGUUACGUCGCAAUUGUGACAUUGAUUUGUAUAUAAAAAUAUACAUACUCGUAUACAUACAUAUGUUAAAGCUUGAUAAUUUGUAUUAAAAACACAGAGUAAAAAAAUAUUAUACAUCUACAUAAACAAGUUAUUUAUUUCAAAAAGCUAUAUAUCGUGUCUUGCCAUGAAUAACGGCGGAUUUAGCUCGGCAGACGAGGAUUCUCGUGAUGGCCACAGUACAUGUUGUCUUAUUGAUGACGAUGAGCGUUGUCGUAAUCCAGCCGGUAAUGCGAGAUAUAGUAAACGUAUACAAAAAACUGUACAACAAAAACGUUUAAAACUACGUAAUGAUCCAACUGCUGAACGCAUUUACAUCUGUGAAUAUCAUAAGGAUCAGAUACAAUCUGCGCGCAGCAAACGACGACGCAAGGAAUCUGAAGAAGAUAGCAAUGAGACAGAUAAUGAAAUGCCUGAUGUAGUUAUGCCAGACCUAUAUCAACUCCAAGUGAAUACAUUAAGGCGAUACAAACGGCAUUACAAGGUGCAGACGAGGCCUGGCAUGAAACGGCAACAGUUGGCGGACACAAUCAUGAAACACUUCAAGACAAUACCGAUCAAAGAGAAAGAAAUCAUAACCUACUUUGUGUACAUGGUUAAAUCGAAUUCGAACAAGCUAGAUCAAAAAAAUGGUAUCGGUAACGAUACAACCUGAAGAAAGUGGUGAUAAGCCUCCAUGGCUUGUUUUUGCUAUUAUGUUAAAAUAUAUAUACAUAUUUACUUCGGCAAUAUUAUGAUAGACAAGCCAUUUAGUUUUUAAGCUUCCUUAAUGUAAAUGUAUUUAGCGCUAAGUUUACAUUGCUUUUAUGGUAUAAUCAUGUUCAAAAUGAUUAUUCUUUUAAGAAAUGUGCAGUUAGUAUAACUCUUAAAAGUUUUAUUAUUUAUCUAUAUAAGUAUGUUUAUAGAAAUAGCUAACUACAUUAAUCUGUUAAAUAAACAAGUCAUUGUUCGAUUUCUAACAAAGCUGAAAACUGGUUAAA